AUGCAAUUGAGUCUGUCUAACAUUCCAUUUGAUCAUCCCACCAUUCACUUGUGGAGCAAUAUUUCCGUCCCCUCAUCCGUUUUUCCCACCUUCUGUCUACUCCUCUUCACCCUUUGUUUCCGGCACCAUAUCUCUGUAGACCUGUUCAUUCGUCUAUCUAUACCUCCAGGUGGAGCAGGACGGCACAACGUUUCAUCUUGUAUAAUCCACAAAGUAAAAGAAGGCUUCCACAAUGUACACUUCAAGUUUACGCUAAGCCAGCGCCGUAGCUUGGAGUGUAUGGAGCAGAGGGAACUGUGUGUUGAGGGUGUGAAUUGGGGCUCUGUCACGGUUGCGUCACGAGUUCGGCGUACGUUUAGCGCAAGACCCGCCGGACAGAAGCCAUUUUGGGCUGUUCUCCUUCGCCGGAGCGGCGCCUUCGAACCGACUUGGCGUCAGAGACGAGAAGGCUAA